UGGCACCGACAAAAGUCAUCUGAUCAUUUCUCAUUACUAUACUCCACAAUUCAUCAAUGGCCCAGAAUCCACACUAUAUAUUUGUCUCCCCACUUUGGCCUUCCUGCAUUCACAAACUCCGUAAUGGAGAUCCCUCCUAUGAGUUCACGGGCAAUUUGGUCAUUUCUUCUUCUCUCUUCCAUUCACGUUCCAUGCUUCUUCGGAUCUGCCUCCCCUCACUUCUCUAAUGAAACGGAUCGCCUUGCUUUACUCAAAUUCAAACAUCUGAUAACCAACGAUCCUCUCCAUUCCUUGAGCUCCUGGAACGACACUCUCCACUUCUGCCGCUGGCAUGGAGUCACGUGCGGUGGUAGUCGGCAUCCUCAAAGGGUCACGGCCUUAGAGCUCACAAACCAGAAGUUGGUGGGCCCCAUAUCUCCCUACAUAGCAAACCUCACCUUUCUCAGGAUAAUCGAUCUCUCAGCCAACAGUUUCCAUGGGACGAUUCCUGAAGAGAUUGGUCGCUUGUUCCGUUUGCAGUAUCUGCGACUGACUAACAACACAUUUAACGGAGAAAUUCCAGCAAAUCUGACCCACUGCUCCAAACUCAAAGCCCUUGAUCUUUACGGGAAUCAGCUCCAAGAGCUCUUUAAAGCAACAGAUGGGUUCUCUUCUGCCAAUUUGAUCGGGGCCGGCAGUUUUGCUACUGUAUAUAAAGGGAUUCUACAUCAUUUUGGGACUAUGGUUGCAAUGAAAGUUUUCAACCUUCAACGUCAAGGAGCUCUAAGGAGCUUCAUGGCUGAAUGCGAAGCCUUGAGAAACAUUAGGCAUCGGAAUCUUGUUAAGAUUUUAACUUGUUGCUCAAGCAUUGAUUUUGAGGGCAAUGAUUUUAAAGCUCUAAUUUAUGAGUACAUGCCUAAUGGAAGUCUAGAGAAGUGGUUCCACAAAGGUAGUCAUGAUCAGCUGACAAGGAGCUUGAAGUUUACUCAAAGGCUAAACAUUGCUAUAGAUGUGGCUUCUGCACUGGAUUAUCUGCAUAAUCAUUGCGAAACAUCAAUCAUUCAUCGCGAUUUAAAACCGAGCAACAUUCUUCUUGAUGAUGACAUGACUGCUCGUGUGGGUGAUUUUGGGCUGGCCAGGUUCUUAUCUGAGGUUUCUCAAACCAACUCGGUUGGAAUGAAGGGAUCUAUUGGAUACAUCGCUCCAGAGUAUGCGAUGGGCAGUAAAGCAUCUGCACAAGGUGAUGUUUACAGCUAUGGAAUCCUUUUAUUGGAGAUGAUCACUGGAAAGGGGCCAACUGAUGAUAUGUUUAAGGACAAUCUAAGCCUUCAUCAUUUUGCUACGUCGGCUUUGCCUGAACAAGUAAGGGAGAUUGUUGAUCCACAACUGCUCUUGGAAGAAGCUGAAGUUACUCGACACAAUGAAAAUCAUGUUGAUAGAAGAAAUAGAAUGCAUGAUUGCUUGAUUUCAAUGGUCAAAGUCGGUGUUUUGUGCUCUGCGGAAUCUCCAAGAGAACGAAUGUGGAUGAAAGAUGUUGUUGCAGAAUUGCAUACAAUCAAGGACUUGUAUCUUGGGGUCGGGAUCCACAGAGACAAAUAAGUUAGGUCGCAAAUAUUGGAUGAAGGUUCUUCUUACCUUAGUCAUUACUAAGUUAUUAUUGGUAGUUAUGUUGAGAAAGAUUUCAAAAUAAAAUUAGUUUGUUGAAUACUUUUCUAAACAAGAUCUCUCUCUCUCUCUCUCUCUCUCUCUCUCUCUCUCUCUCUCUAUAUAUAUAUAUAUAUAUAUAUAGCUUUGGCAGAAGAGUGUGUUUGUAUUGGCGGUGAUUGUAUGAAAAGGUGUAUUUCUUUUUCCUUGUUUUAUCUUGUAUUGGACAAUGGGAGAUUGUAUCAUGAAUUUAAUAAGAAAAAGUCAUCAUCUUAUUAUAAUUAGAAAAGUCAUCAUUUUAAAAUGAUUUUCAAUCUUAAGGAACUUGUUUAUUAGCUGUUGGAGUACCAA